AUGUCCCUCUGGACAAUCAGCCUCGUCACACAGAUCCUGUGUCUGGCGCUGGUGACGGGGUUUGUCGCGCUACGGGGGGUUGUAGCGUGGAGGUUUAAGAAGGGGGUUGAUGUUGAGGAUGACAUCUUCAACAACGGCACCCAACCCCCCUCAACCCUGACUCCAUCCCAAACAACCAUCGUGUACAAGUUAUUCUACACCCUAACAAUAAUCUACGUCCCCAUGGCCCUCCUCGCCAAACUCACCCUCCUCACCAUCCUCGCCCGCCUCUUCAUCCUCCGGCGCUCCCAAACCCUAACCGUGUACCUCACCAUAACCCUCACAACAAUCUACUACAUCACCAUCUUCUUCAUCAAGAUCUUCAUCUGCAACCCUGUCUCGACAUUCUGGACAUCGCCCAAUAACCCACAUAACCCUAACUGUCUCUCAGAGGGGGCGGUGUUUCUCGCUGAUGCGAUCAUGAGCGUUAUCACAGACCUGGCUAUCCUGCUACUCCCCAUCGGGUUGAUGUUCCCGCUACGACUGGGCGUGGUGAAGAAGGUGAAGGUGGGGGCUAUGUUGGGAUGUGGUGGGUUGGCUGUGGGAUUUAGUAUCUAUAGGGUUGUGCUUGUUGUUGGGGUUGGGGUUGGGGGGUUGGGGAAUUCGGAGGUGUAUGCGAGGAUAUUACUUUCUGGGAACGCAGAAGGAGGUUUCGGGCUCAUUUGUAGUUGUAUCCCUGCGCUGCAUAUCCUCGUGUCGAGGGUGAAGGCGAAGAUAAGGAAGGGGUCGAGGUCGACUACAGGGAAAGGGUCUUCUGCUAUUGCGUCUGGGGAUGGGAGUGGGAGUGGAAGUGGUGGUGGGAAGAAGAGGGAUAGGGGUGUUUCGAGUAGUGGGGGCACUGCGGCGCCGAUUGUUAUCACCAGUUCGCCGGAGGAUGUGCUUCAUGAUCCUGGGGGGUUGCUUGCUUCGUGUGAUGAUGGUGGUGAUGAUGUGUAUGAUCAGGAUGGAGGGGAGGGACGGGGUGAAAAGAAUGACAGCAGGGAUGAUAGGGAGGAAGGAUGGGUGUAA